AUUUCACUGAGGAAGGCUCGACUGCAAAAAAGCAGAACAUUGAUUCUGUAUCUAUGUUAUAAAGUUAUGCUUUGGACCAUUAGAAGUUUCUAGUAUCUAUUACUGAAUACCAGGAAACCAGCCAUACAUCAAGAACUACUCAGAUUUUAGCAUGGGACAGCAUUUUUGAUCAUGCAGAGUAGGACUUCUUGCAAGAGCAUGUUAAUAUUCCCCUAAAUCCCACAUUUUAAAUAGAGGAAGCAGGCUUAUCAAAUAGCAUUGAGGUUCUCAACUGUGAUGUCAAAGGUUCUAUAUUCAAGCACAUUUUUAGAGAAGACAAUAGCCUUGCUGAUGGACUUGCCAAAGCCGCUGUUAUGUGCCCAGGUUUACAUUGCAUACUUGGGAUCACUGCCUGAAGGAGAAUACUUUCCAUCAUCUCACCAUUCCAGUAUGCUCCAAGCAGUUCUGAAACAGAGCUCUGUGGCAAGUUACUUAAUCAGAAGUUACAGUAGGAGCUUCAACGGAUUUGCUGCCAAGCUCACGAAUGAAGAGGCAAAGAGACUUACAAGCAUGAAAGGAGUGGUCUCUGUUUUUCCAAGUGAAGCUUAUCACCUUCAAACAACAAGAUCAUGGGAUUUCAUGGGAUUCAAUAAGACUGCUAAACGUAAUCGGACUGUUGAGAGUAAUGUCAUUGUUGCGGUUAUUGAUACUGGAGUCUGGCCUGAGUCAGAAAGCUUCGGUGAUGAAGGCUUUGGUCCACCUCCCAAAAAGUGGAAGGGUUCUUGCAAGGGUGGCCAAAAUUUUACUUGUAACAAUAAGCUCAUCGGAGCUCAAUUUUACAACUUGGGAACACCUGUAGGAGACUCUGUCAGGGAUGUACUUGGUCAUGGAUCUCAUACCGCGUCUACAGCAGCUGGGAACAAUGUAGAGAAUGCAAGUUUCUUUGGAUUUGCUAAAGGGACUGCAAGAGGAGGGGUUCCUUCUGCAAGGAUUGCCGCAUAUAAAGUAUGCGGUGAGCAAGGAUGUGGUUCAGCGGAGAUCUUGGCAGCUUUCGAUGAUGCUAUUGCUGAUGGAGUUGACCUUAUAACAAUUUCAAUAGGGCCGGGAUUUUCAUCUGAAUUUUACCAGGACCCUAUAGCCAUUGGUGCUUUUCAUGCAGCUGAAAAAGGAAUACUUACCAUGCAAGCAGGAGGCAAUAGCGGUAUAGCAGGACCACAGUCAGUGUCAAGUGUAGCACCAUGGAUACUUACUGUUGCAGCAAGCAACACGGAUCGCCUAUUUAUUGACAAGGUUGUUCUAGGGAAUGGCAAGACUUUAAAUGGAUUUUCAAUUCAUCCUUUCAGCCUUAACGGAACCAAGUUUCCUUUAGUUUAUGGGCUACAAGUAACAUCUCAUUGCGAUGAAGGCAGUGCUGGGCUGUGCCAGACCGGAUGCCUGAACAGUAGUUUGGUAAAGGGUAAGCUUGUGCUGUGCGAUGAGUUUUCGGGACAUGAAGAAGCUCAUAAUGCUGGUGCUUUAGGAUCAAUUGUGCCAACUUUACUUGUAAAUGUUUCAUUUGUUGUCCCAUUUCCUACUUCAGCUUUAGAAAGUGAGGACUAUGAAUCAGUCAAGUCCUACCUGAAUUCCGUCAAGCAACCUAAAGCGGAAAUACUGAAAAGCGAAACCAUUAAAGAUUCCGCUGCUCCUAUGGUUGCUUCCUUCUCUUCACGGGGCCCUAAUUUCAUUGUACCAGAUAUUCUAAAGCCGGAUAUAAGUGCCCCUGGAGUUGAUAUCUUGGCUGCAUAUUCACCAGUUGCUUCACCUUCAGAGACUCCAACAGACCAGAGGCGAGUUAAAUACAGUUUAGCAUCUGGAACCUCCAUGGCUUGUCCUCAUGCUGCAGGUGUAGCUGCUUAUGUUAAAACAUUUCACCCUGAUUGGUCUCCUUCAUUCAUCAAAUCUGCUAUCAUGACCACCGCUUUGCCAAUGGAUCGGUCCAAUAAUCCAGAUCGUGAAUUUGGUUAUGGAUCUGGUCAUGUCAACCCUGUAGAAGCUAUCAAUCCUGGGCUCGUAUAUGAAGCUGUUAAAGGGGACUACAUAAGAUUUUUGUGCAGCAUUGGGUAUGAUGAAGGCAAAGUUAGACAAAUGACAGGAGAUAACAGCUCUUGCCCUGAAACUUCCAAAAAUAUGCUGCCGAGGGAUCUCAAUUAUCCUUCACUCACAGCUGAAGUUCCAGUAGGCAAGUCUUUCACAGUCGGUUUUCAUAGAACAGUUACAAAUGUUGGUGUAGCAGGAUCUACUUACAAGGUGAAAGUCUCUUCCAACUCGAAACUUGGGGUCAAAGUGAUUCCUGAAGUUCUGUCCUUCAAGUCCUUAAAGGAGAAGAAGUCUUACAAUGUUACUGUUACCGGAAAAGCUAUGGAUGUAGCAUCUAUGUUGUCUGCAUCGUUGGUAUGGUCAGAUGGAACUCACAAUGUUAGAAGUCCGAUUGUUGUACACACAUUUCCAGGUUUUGAUAGGGGUGUCAGCAUCCCAUGAUUAUGCAUCCUGUAGGUUUCUUGUAAUUGAUCUUAAGUCCAA